UGCCCGUCGGUCCGCGUCGGGGCGGAGAUCUCGGGCUGGGUCUCGUUCCUCUCGGAAGCAGGCGGCGGCGGGCGGGCCCAGGGCGGAGAGUAGGCGGGGCGUGAGGCAGAAGCAGCCAUUCAGAGGCCGAGACGUGGCACCGCCCCAGUGUCGCAGCAAACGGGACCGAGGCGAGAGUCGCGAGCUUCCUCCGCCUCUCGCCGCAGUCUGGCUGCUGCACCAUUCUAGAACGUCUGCAGCUUCGCACCGUCAGAUUUCGUUGAGCUCCUUCCAUCGCCCCCCGCCGAGUCUCUGCGCUAGUCCACUGGCCACCCGACCCCCGCGCGCCGGCUCCAUGGCGCCCGCAGCCCUGGCCCCGCUCUGGGGGGGCCGUCGCUGCCUGCCCCUGCUCUGCGCACUCUUCGUGCUGUUGCUGCUGCCGCGGCCCAGCCCCGCCCUCGCCUGGGACCAGUCCGAGAAAAUUCUUCUACGGGACAUCCAGGCCUUGACCCUCCACCGAGACCGCUUCACCACUGCCCGCAGGACUGCGCCCAUCCCUCAGCUGCAGUGCCUGGGUGGCUCUGCCGGAUGUCCGGCCCACAUCCCUGAAAUCGUGCAGUGCCGCAACAAAGGCUGGGACGGUUUUGACGUUCAGUGGGAGUGUAAAGCAGAGCUUGACACGUCCUACCGAUUUGGCAAGACCGCUGUGAGCUGCGAAGGUUAUGAUUACCCUGAUGACCCCUACGUGCUCCGUGGCUCCUGUGGCUUGGAAUUCAACUUGGAGUUGACCGAGCAAGGCCGAAAGAAAUACAAAGAUGCUGGCAGCAGCAACACCAACAGCCAUGGGAAUACCUACGGCUCCAAUUACUUCCCCGGGUACGUUGAGAAGAUGGAUUCCCCCGUACCCUCCAGUACCAGAGGCCUGUUGGCCGUCGUCAUCCUGCUGGUGCUGGCAUUGGGCGUUUAUAAGCUCUUUCUGAAAGCCCAGAAUGAGGAUCUCCCCCCGCCCUACACUGAGCAUCCCCAGGACCACCAGAGGUUCUUCCAGGCGUCCCCACCCCCGCCUCCUCCUCCCCCAGGCUUCAAGUCCUAUUUCACAGCAUCGGGUACCCCCGGAUGGGGCUUUGGCAACUCUUUCACGGGUCCCCAAGCGUUUGGCCAAUCUGGCCCUGGAUUCUGGACUGGAUUGGGGACUGGUGGCCUUUUAGGCUACUUGUUCGGAAACAACAGAGCCACGCCCCUGUCGAACAACUGGACUCAUCCUGCGUAUCCUCCCCCGUACUUCAACACCUGGAACAAUCCGGUGCCCCCGUCCGCGCCCGUUAAUUCCCGGAGCUCUGGGUCUUCCUCGGGCUCCGACACGGGGACUAGGACCACGUCAGGGUUUGCCGCCACCAAAAGACGUUAAGAAGAUAAGGCGGAUGAAUAAAACCUUCAGACGCAAAUUUCUUAUUUUGGGGUCAUUUUCUCUUUAAAAAGCUAUGUACUAAGAACUGUGGGAAGAAAAAUUAUUCAAGUUUAGAGGUGGAUGAUUGCUUGUAACACUCUUCGUCAUCAGUUCUGUAAUAUAGCUAAGAGUUGGUGGGCUGAGCUCACGGGCUUGUCUGUAGGCAGGUUUGUUGACCCUGGGCCGCCUCAGCCAAGUGCUUUUGGCAGCUUCUGGAAGAAUGCAUGCUGCUCGGGCCGCUGGAAUGUCUGCCCUCCACUUGCCCCUCUUCCUGUCACUAUCCCACAGCAGACAGGACCACCAAAGCCCCUGGCAAAUGCCAACUGGGAGAAGUUUUUCUCCAGCUUGGUUUCCAUUUAAAGGGAUUACUAUAAAUAGUUAUGGGAAAUUGACCUCAAGACCCCAUCUCCCAUAUAUGCAGUUUUACUCCUUUGCCGUAUAGAGUUUGGUAAUUGGGGCAGGGUUUUCAAGCAUUGCCCAAGCUUGGGCUAACUAAUUGGAUCAGGCUGUUGGUAUAAAGUGAAACUUCUAGCCAUGGUGGUAAUGGAGUCAGAAUGGGGAGAUUGGGACAGGGGAUAUAGGCAGCAAACUUUGAGAGGUGACUUUUAGAUGCUAAAGGAGAGGACUUUUUAAGGGCAGCUCAUGCUGCCAGCGUGAAGGAGGAAGGAGGAAUUCCUCCCAACCUGGGGGAAGUGUGGUGUGCCCUAUUUGAGCCACUGAGAAAUGAAUUUGGAUUCCACUUUUUUUUUCUUUUCUGGAGUCCCUUUUUGAUAUUUUUACACCCCAUUCCUGCUUCCCUUAGCCGUUUGUAGCCCAUUAUAUUGUAAGACUUAGUUUCUCAGGUCCCAGGCUGGAAAUGGAAGAUUCUGAAAGAGCUGGUUGUGAUCUCACAGCCUCUCACAGUCCCUAUGCUUUUUGUUGCCUCUGGACCAAUCUCCUUGGGCUAGUUGUCCUUGGAGACAAGGCAAAUAUUACAGCUGCAUCAGACAGCUGGAAAGCACCUACUUGUACGCUGUCAGCAGCUUGACUUUGAGAUGUGGAUUGGAAGCAGGUUGUUGGGUAGUGUAAGUAGACUCAUCUUGGCUGCCUCGGCAGAAUUGAAAUUGGGAAGAGCCCUUUUUCUUUUGAUCAGGUGAGCUUGUUUAGGCCUGGCCCCUUAUCCUUUCUGAGUAGCAGGGGAUGUGUGGUUUUGUUAGUUUUUUUUUUUUUUCCCAAGCACUGGUGACUUUCUGGUAUCAGGCAGCUAUUUUUCAGGGAGGAAUCGGGACUAGUUUGGGGUCCAUGUUGGGGUGCUUCAGGAGUAUGGUUGGGAAGCCUUUCCUUGGAGGUCUUCAGACAGAGGGGAAUUCUUGGCUUGUUGUAGGCAUGUACUAGAUUAGGGGAUGGCUAGGGACCUAUUGCACCUCAGCCCUCAGAAGCCCAGCCUGCUAAUGCACCACCACUGUCCAUGGUGCUAUUAAGGAAACCUGAGGGCUCCGAUCAAUCACUAGAUCAAUUUUGCACAUUCUGUGCCGGGCACUGCACUGGGUGCCCUCACAGGAUUUACUUUCAUUCGAACAGGAGACAGCUUGUACAUAGCAUGAGUGUAGACAAUGAAGGUGAUUAUCUGAAGUAGUGAAGGGAGGGAGGGUCGGGCGGUCACUGGCAAGGGAGGGAGAGAGGGGGUGUCAGGGAAGACUGGUCUGCCCAGAAGGGAGUGGGGGGGGGUAGGGAGGAAGUGCCUCGAGGCACAGCUGACCUGCUGCCGCUUUGAUUGACCUGGUGUCAAGGGUGUUUCAGAACCUUUAUUCCCUUCUAAAUCUGUGUCUUUGCUGUUGGUGCCCACAGCUGCUCGUGCUUGUUAUGUUCGUGUUGUGUUCUGUAAGACAUAUCUUUGCUCUUUUUCCCUUUCUUCAACUUCAAUAAACUAAGCUUGGCCCCAA